AUGUUUGAGCGUCGCGCCGCGGACCGUUACCGGCUGCGGAUGCACCGUGCCCGCACAGUCGCGCUAACUUCGGAUGAGAUUGUCGAAGUACGAGCAGCGCAGCGGACUUUCGAAGGCGCCUACAUCCGUACAGCUUUAUCCCAAUUUUCUUUCGCCCUGGUGGUAUUGAAGAUCUUCACCAGCGAGUUCUAUAGCACUGGAGCGCUUUUCGCCAUCUACGGCACGGGCGUGCUUAUCAUCGGACUCUUCCGCCGUCAACAAGGCAACCGGCAAUUCUUUUCCGAGAUAGGGGAAGAUGGCAUUCGUCACAAGUUCAGAACUAGUGGAAAUGCCGUGGUGGUGUUGACGGCCCUUAGCAUUGCCGCCUACGCGACCCUUAUCGCGCUGACCGUGAGGCUGGACAAAUAG